GCGGCCCGGGAGUGAGCAGGCCCAGGCCGGGCGCCUGGGCCGGUGGGUGGGGCCGCCGGGGCAGACAGACCCCAGUUAAGCCGGAGUCUGAGACUAACGAGUGCUGCUUCAGAACCGGUGUGUCCGGAAGGUUGUCUGUCGUUGAGCCGAAGCUCACACGGAACGGGGCGUCCCGUGUUUGCUUUCCGAAAUCCGGCAGCCCUACGCCAAACCCCCGAUCCCUGCCGGGGGAGUCCGGGCGUGGGGGCCAGCGGCGACCUGUGCUCACCAGGCAGGCUCACCAGGCCCCUGGCCGGUCCGGCGGGAAUCCCACGCUGUCAUCCCUCCUGCUCAGGUCUUGAGGCGGAAAAUACUGGGGAGCUGAGCGUUGCUUCGUUUUUAUGUCACUGAGUGAAGGAGGAGCCUGCUGGCCACACCCCGGUGGACCUGUGUGAGCAGGACGUAUAUCUUACAUUGUCGGUAACAUCGUCUAAUCAGCUUCAAUAAAGGCUUCUCCUUAAAGGCACGGUGGUUGAGAGCAUUGAAUUUGGAGCAGACUGCCGUAAUUGGAAUCUUGGCUCCAUCACUUCCCCACCCAGCACCUCGGUUUCCUCUCCCUGCUGUAAAGAGCGGCUACCUCCGGUGGCUGUUGGAGGAUUGAGUAAAAGUCUGGGAAGCGCUUGGACCCCGUGUGUUACUACCGUGGAUCCGAGGGCAUGGUGUUGCCAUUGCAGAAGAUGUUACCAAGUAUUUCAAUGAAUUCCCAAGCGCAGGGGAACGGCGUCUUGAAUUCCAGGGAUGCUGCAAGACACACAGCUGGAGCCAAACGCUAUAAGUACCUGAGAAGGCUUUUUCGUUUUCGGCAGAUGGACUUUGAGUUUGCUGCCUGGCAGAUGCUUUACCUGUUUACCUCCCCACAGAGGGUUUAUAGGAACUUUCACUAUCGAAAGCAGACGAAGGAUCAGUGGGCCCGAGACGACCCUGCCUUCUUGGUCCUGUUGAGUGUCUGGCUGUGUGUGUCCACUAUAGGAUUUGGCUUUGUGCUGGACAUGGGAUUUUUUGAGACGAUAAAGCUUCUCCUUUGGGUUGUGUUCAUAGAUUGUGUAGGCGUUGGUCUUCUCAUAUCAACUUUAAUGUGGUUCAUCUCUAACAAGUACUUAGUGAAACGGAGGAGCAGAGAUUAUGAUGUGGAGUGGGGCUACGCCUUUGACGUGCAUCUGAACGCCUUCUACCCGCUCCUGGUCAUUCUGCAUUUUAUCCAGCUGUUUUUCAUCAAUCACGUUAUCCUAACAGACACGUUUAUUGGCUAUUUCAUUGGAAAUACUUUAUGGUUGAUCGCGAUCGGCUAUUACAUCUACGUAACCUUCCUAGGAUACAGUGUUACAUCAUACAGGCCUGCUGAUCCGUGUUUUUCAAAUGAGGAAACUAAGGCAUGGAGAGAUGAAGUCACUUGCCCUGGUCACACAGCUAGGGGCACAGCUGCGGUGUGGCGAAUUCUGUCGUUCCACGCAACCACGUCAAAGCGUUCCUGGUCAUCUCCAAGCUACUCGCAGGUCCCCUCCCUUUUCUCCCGUGCUUUCAGGUUCGGGGUCAGUGGUAGCAGCGUGCAGUGAGGAAUGGGUUGGGUCAGAUGUCUGGGUGUGUGGACAUAUAAGUUUGUUUAAAACCUUCGAGAAUCAUCCUUUUGCCCUGUUUCCAGUUUUUAUGACCGUUGUGUGGUUCUUUGGAUGAUUAGAGAAGGUCAGACCCAACUUCGACACCUCAGGGCAAACGGAUUGUUAACUCUUGCUGUCCAUUCAUUUUUCUUAAUAUGACUGAAGAACUUACUAUCUUCUCCAUUCAUACUAAGAGAUGAUCUCCAUUACGUAGAGCUAAAUAAAAUUUAGAGAUGUUUCUUAGCAUUUGUCUUAGCAUUUUCCAGCCCUUCCUUCCUUGUUGUUUUGGGUGAUCAGGACUUUAUUAUAAAUAUAGACGACUUUUAGACACACAGACUCCUCUGGUCAGACUUGUCACUGUCCCUCCCUCUGGCUUAUUUGCCAGGGACCACUUAACCCCUCUCAAAUUGUAACGCUUUGUUUUGGGGAAGAUGUUUGGGACAUCUCAUAUUCAGGUUUCUUCAGAAUUUGUACAUAUUUUGAGCAAGUGUUUUACAUUGUGAUAACACUGCAACACUGUGGUUUCUCUAAGUGGAUUUUUGAGAGCUCUCCUGUUAGCUCCUUCAACUGAGAAGUUUCUUUGGGGGUACAGCACAGUUCCAGUUUGGGGACUUCCUGUAGGGGAGAUUCUUAGGCUAGGAUGCACAGGGUAGGGUCCUGCUGACUAAGUGAGCAAGAAAAAACCGAUCUGGCGGCCCAAGUUCUACUUCUUUCCUAAGUUUGAGGUAAUACAGUUGAGCUGUCAGCACGUCAAGCAGGACGUCAGGCUUUUUACACUGUGAAAUCGUGAACAGUAAAUGUUUUCUCCUGUAAGAACAUUCUUCUCUGUUGGUACCUUAAAAUGGACUCUUAGGGGCUGCUGAAGCAGGCUCAGGUUUAAAUCCAUCACUUGUUAAGAUUUGUGAUAUCUGUCCCUCACACUUAACCUGAGUCCUGGAUCCGCUUUUCACUCAGGCUUUGUGUUCAAGUAACCCCUCUUCCCAGCGUCUUCAGACCCGCAAUGAGGACGCAACGCGAAAGAGCAGCGUGCGGCUCUGGCCGUAGACAGCAUCGUUUUAUUGAUUCAAAUAUGCUGUUUUCUAGGGCCCCACGUGCCGGAGUAAGAGCUGUCUUUCAAGAUGUUCUUUUAUUAGUCAUACCACUUUCCCCUUUUCAUUAAUUGGGAUGUUUCUUUUCCAGCCUUGCCAUUUCUGAAGAACACGGUCAUCCUUCUCUAUCCAUUUGCUCCUGUCAUUCUGCUCUAUGGACUGUCACUAGCACUGGGCUGGAAUUUCACUCACAUGUUGUGUUCCUUCUACAA